AUGGUCGGCGGGAACCCAAAGCACGAUGUCUACGGGUUCCGGUUCUGGAAUGAGCCCGGUGCCUUUGCGGAGGAUCUUGUCUCUGGAGCUGGCGGACGGCUUUGUGGAGUCGUUGCUGCGGUGGUUAGGGCGGGCUUUACGAUCUGCGGACCUGAAUAUCUCAGCAUGAUCGCUGCCGAAACAGCCAAUCCGCGCCCUGUCAUCCGCCGCGCCUACAAGACCUUCCUCGCCCGGGUCCUGCUCUUCUUCGUUGGCGGCGCGCUGUGCAUUGGCAUCGUGAUCCCCUAUGACGAUCCCACGCUUGCAACACUCCUAGAUGCGGGCGUCUCAACGGGUGCCGCGUCGCCGUACGUCAUCUCCAUGCAGAGAUUGGGUAUUGCCGGUCUGGGGAGUGUGGUUAAUGCGGGGAUCAUGAUCUCGCUCGAUAUGGGCUCUCUUGGCCUCGCUGUCGCUUUGUUUGCUGGCUCUGCUGCAGGUUUCGGAGAGCUCGGCGAAGGUCAUGGAUUACCUCGUCGUCCUCAUCACGGCCAACCAACUCCUCAACCACUUCUCCGUCAGCCUCACGUACAUCCACUUCCACCGGGCGCUGAAAGCCCAGGGUAUAUCCCGGGAUACGCUCCCGUACAAAGGGAAAUUCCAGCCCUACACCUCAUACAUUGCCGUCGGCAGCACGGCAAUCCUGACCCUAUUGCUGGGGUUCGAUUUAUUCGUGGACCUGCCCAACAAUUGGGAUAUCACACGUCAUAUCUCAAGAUCCAAGGAAAUCAAGCCAGCACCAUGGACCUCACUACCCUCCUCACCCUCCUCCUCUUGUCCGUAGCCAUCUACAUCCUGCGAACAAUCUACACAACCCUAACAUCCCCCCUCUCCCCAAUCCCGGGCCCCAAACUCUUCGCCCUGACAAAAUGGCGCCUCGCACUGCAAGACUACCGCGGCACCAGAACAACACACAUGCAGUCCCUGCACUCACAAUACGGCGACGCCGUCCGCAUCGGUCCAAACGAGGUCUCGUUCAACACCCUCUCGGCCCUCCGCACCAUCUACGGCGCUGGAACGGUCUUCCAAAGAACGGACUUCUACCGCAUGUUUGAUGUCUAUGGGCGGCCUUGUAGGCCAAUGCUGAUGAAAACAGAACGCAAAAGACUCCUUAACCACGCAUACUCGAAAACAUCUAUCCUCUCCCCGACUAACGCAGCCAUGAUCGAGGAGAAAACGAGACUGUUCUUGGAGCUGGUCGCUAGAGAAGCGGAUGGCCAUGGGAACCUGGAGAUCUUCAACGCGCUGCAUUACUUCUCCCUCGACUCGAUCACUGCGUUCCUAUACGGCAAAGGAGGAGACGACAAAGCAUUUGCACGUGGUCCAACGAGCGCCCUAUCCCCGGCUUCAGCUGAUAGAAGCCUGCUAAACGAUAUCGUCGACCCCGCCCGACGAAACCUAUCCUGGUUCACUAUCCAUUUCCCGGCGCUGACGGGGUGGCUGUAUACGCGCGCCGGCCUUCUCAACUCAAUCAUUACCUCGCUGGACCUGCUGCCUAUGCGCAGGCCGUCAACGUACAGCGGGAUCCGGAACCAUGCGCUGCAAGCGGCGCAGGAAAUCAACGAAGCUGCUACACAGACUGGCGUUGUAAACCCGGACGAGUGCAUAACGGAGCGCUUGCUCGCCGCCAUGCAAAGGGAGCAACGGCAAGGAAAGUCCAAGAUCGAUCUCCUCGGUGUCGCCGCCGAAGCAGCGGACCACCUCCUCGCCGGCAUCGACACAACGGCCGACACCCUGAUGUGGGCGAUAUUCCUCCUCUCGCGUCCGGAGAAUAGGAAGUACCAGGAUACGCUGCGCGCGGAGAUCCGCGCCUUACACGUAAACGGCAAAGAGAACGGGAGUGUUGAUCCCGUCGUUGCAGAUAAACUGCCCUACCUCGACGCGGUAAUCAAAGAGACGCUUAGACUCUUCGCCCCUCUACCGGGGACAGAGCCACGACUUGCAGAGAGCGAUACGGUUAUUGAUGGGUAUGUUAUACCGGCUGGCACAGUCGGUGUUCAGGGAUCCCGAGACGUUUAA